GGAGAAGGCAGCGACCCCCACCCCGCAACACCUGAACCCCCUGGACCUGCUGCACCGCCUGGAUGCGCUGCUGCCCCCCGAGAGCCUCCUCGUAGCCGACGGGGGGGACUUUGUGGGCACCGCCGCCUACAUCGUCCGUCCCCGACGGUUCGCGCUCGGCGCCAAGCUCUGCCAUCCCGACGCGGAGGUUUGGGUCCUCUACGGUGACGGCUCGCUGGGCUACAGCUUGAUGGAGUUCGAUACCUUCGUGCGGCACAAGACGCCGGUCAUCGCGCUGGUGGGCAACGACGCGUGCUGGAGCCAGAUUGCCCGGGAGCAAGUGGCUUUGCUGGGCAGCAACGUGGCGUGUGGCCUCGAGUACCUGGACUACCACGCGGUGGCCGAAGCUCUGGGUGGCAAAGGCUUCGUGGUGGGUCGCCCGGACCACGAGCGGCUGGACGCCGUCCUCCGCGCCGCACAGGAUGCGUGCCGCCAAGGCCGCCCCGUCCUCAUCAACGCCCUCAUCGGCAAGACCGACUUCCGCGAUGGCUCCAUCUCCGUCUAGGGACAGUGUCCCCAAAAUGUCC